AUGGAUCCGGGAUCCCCUUCGUUGCUGUGGCCGCUGCGCUUGAGCAAACCUGCGGCGACGGUGGCUGUUAGUUCGAAUGGGGAGCAUAGCAAAGCGGAAGAUAGGCCGCAAUCGCCGACGCUCGUCGACCGGUUGUCAGCGGCACCUUCGCCCUCAAGUCCAGCACCCAGCAAUCCAGCGCCUCCCCAGCACCAGUUCCAAGCGGCGCUCGUGGCUGAAAAAUACCUUUUGUUGGAACAAGUCGAGGGCUCUUCGCUUUGUCGAUGUGUGGACGUGCGCACGCAGGAAGAAUAUGUUUGCAAAGUGGUGUCUCGCGACUGCAGCAGCCUGCUACAGGCGCACUACCGGCUCGACGGCCACCCGCACGUGAACCCCAUCCACGAGGUGCUGGUGGGCGACAAGAGGGUGUACCUCGUCUUCCCCCGCUCGCACUCCGACCUCCACUCGUACGUGAGGGCGAGGAAACGGCUCCGGGAGCACGAGGCGCGGAGGCUGUUCAGGCAGAUGGCGGAGACCGUCGCCGCGUGCCACGAGCAGGGAAUAGUAUUGAGGGACCUCAAGCUGAGGAAGUUCGUGUUCGCCGACCCGCAGAGGACAAUCGCGCGCGAUUGCCCAACGCUCAUUAAUUACGGCGCGGCCGGUAGGAACCGGCGGAUUUUCGAACUUUUGAAACGUUAUCUGGCCUCCAUUGUUGCGAAUAUCUCCGGCAAUGCUAGCGGCUCAAGGCGAGCGGUGUCAUUGCUGCGCUGUAGCGCAAUGGGGUCAUGGGUCUCUCGCGCCCGCGACCCAACACCCCAAUCUCAAUUAUACGGGUACCUGCCCCCAUCCCGUCAGGUCGAAUAUCGGACGCGGCCCGCUCGCCCCUUGAAUGUCGAAAAGCGACAAGAGAAAGUAGGCAGAAAGUCGCGCGGAUCGAGGGAGUAUAAAACCGCCGUGUAUUUGCGAAGCGGCAUCGGCUCCGUCCGCUUUGAGUGGACGGAGGAGGGGGGAGGGGGAGAACGGCGCUCGAAUGCAUUAUUCCGAUAUCCGCGCAUUUUCGCACACGCGUCGUUUUACACGAAAACCGUGUCAAGUACGAAACGGUCGAAAUCUAACCGAACUAGCGGAUUUGACGAACGAUACGAAACCUCGGGCGCUUGUUUGAACGAUGACUGUUUACGAAGACGCCUCUGGGAGCGAAAAGGGCGCAUUUUGACGACGGUCAUUAGCGUUUCGGCGAAGCCAGGUAGCCGGCGUCGUCCGCCAACUUUCCCACAGACCCUCGCCGCGAACGCAGCUGACCCGUCGAUUUGGCGCGAAAGCGUUCGCGAGCGCGCGGCGCUAACGGUUGGGGAUAUUUAUGGGACGCCGCCGGCGGAUGUGCCAAAUCGGCAGACGCCGUCGCAUACCGGCCCGUUUGCACAGACGUCGCGCAUUGCUCGCGUGCGAAAAAUCACCACUGCAGCACUGAACCGGUCUACCGCCAAUCAGGGUGACUGCACACGAUGGUGCGAGCGCCAAGGCGUCCUACAAGAUUGCCUAAAGCCACGUCGCGUCGGCGGGCCGUUUUCAAAACGUUUUGAAAGCCGCUUGCCAAAGGCGGCGUGGUGCAAGCGGGUGCCUCCGCCUCCCAUUUGCAUAACGCCGGCUCGG